AUGACCGACGAGGAACAAGGCAUCCAGCGCCCGGCGCAAGCCUACCAGACCCCCGACUGGGAGACUCCCACGGCCAACAGGCGUCGCUCGUUCUUUGAUCGCUUCGCUCCAGCGACGACUGGCCAUCAACGCGACAAUAGCGCCACUGCUGCUCCCGCGGCAACGAAUGAAGGCGGCUUCGUGAAAGAAGAUACCCAACGUUCAGAUGAUCACGUUCAUCUGACCGCUCCUGCCACCGGCGCGGCCGCGGCUACAGCUCGCUUCGAUGCUCUGCUCCCGCCACAAAAGACCUACUUUGGCCUCUCUCGAAAGCGAUUCCUUCUCUUCGUCGUCUUGCCGCUCGCGGUCCUUUUCCUGCUCAUCCUCCCUCUGGCCCUCGGCCUCGGUCUCUCCAAGCGCGGCGGAGGAAAGCAGGACCUGCCCCUUCCGAACAACCAAGAUGUUCACACCGGUGACCUCACAUACUACGCUCCUGGGCUCGGCGCCUGCGGAAAGACGAGCAGCGACAGCGACAUGAUUGUUUCGGUUUCGCACUUCUUGUGGGACGACGUGCAGAGCGGCGGAAAUCCGAACAAUAACCCGCUAUGCGGCAAGAAGAUCCGGGUCCGCCGUGAUGGCGAGGGAUCGGUGGAUGUCACCGUUGUGGAUCGAUGCACCGGCUGCGCGCCGACCGAUCUCGAUUUAAGCCCCGCGGUAUUCAACAAAUUGGCCAAUAAGGACGAAGGCAGAGUCACCGGCACAUGGAGCUGGUUGGACUGA